AUGCGUUCAUCUUACGAUUCAUAUAAUUUAUCAUCAACAUCCCUUCGUAAUUCAAAUUAUACAUCUCCGUCACAUUCUUUGGAUACUAGUUUAACUCCAUUUUCUGGUAGUGACCGUGCAGAAUUUAAAGAUCGUUAUCAAAAUAAAUAUGCAUGGCUUGAAAAAAAUCAUGUCAAUGAAGUAGGUUCACAAUAUAAAUCAUUAGGUAAACAAGUUGAUCAUAAACCAUCAACAUGGCGAUGUGAGGAUCAAGCCGAAGCUGGAAAAGAAUUUUUACGUAUUAAUGAUGAAUGUGCCGAUAAAAUUUAUGAUAUUCGCGAACGAAGUGAUAUAUCUCGUGAAUCGCUUCUUAAUUCGGAUGGUGUUGCACAACGUUUUUAUCAAAUGGAAGCUGAUGCAUUAAAAAAUCGUUAUGAAUUAAAUAAUAUGAAACGUAAAUUAGAUGGUAUCAAACAAAUGCGUGCUCGUCUUUUCAAAUAA